UUGACACUUCCUGCUUUUUUUUUUGUCCCUGUCAACAAACCAAAAUACAUGUUCUAUGCGAGAUUUUGUCCAUUUAUUUGGAUGUAGCUAGUUAAUACAAUUCAUAGUAACAAUGAUUCCUUACUCUGUCAAUAUUAAACUCGCGGCGCGGACAUUGACUGGCACGCUCAAUUUGCAGAACAAAACGGCUGUUGACUGGGGUUGGCAGGGGCUGAUAGCCCAGGGAUGUCACUCCAGCAUCCUCAUCAUCGACCCAAAGACUUCCCAGACCAUCCAGGUUCUGGAGAGACACAAAGCCAAUGUGGUCAAGGUGAAAUGGUCCAGGGAGAACUACCACCACAGCCUGAGCUCGCCCUACUCUCUGAGGCUGGCCUCUGCCGAUUCAGCAGGGAAGAUUAUCGUGUGGGAUGUGGUGAGUGGCACGGCCCACUGUGAGAUCCAGGAGCACUCCAAACCUAUCCAGGAUAUGGACUGGUUGUGGACUCAGGACGCUUCACGUGAUCUUCUCCUGGCCAUCCAUCCACCUAACUACAUAGUCCUGUGGAACGGAGACACAGGGACCAAGCUGUGGAAGAAGAGCUAUGCAGAGAACAUCCUCUCCUUCUCUUUUGACCCCUUCGAUCCAUCCAACCUAGCAUUGCUGACCAGCGAAGGCAUUGUCUUCAUCUCCGACUUCUCUCACUCCAAACCCCCGGGCAGCGGGGGUAAGAAGGUCUAUAUCGCCAGCCCCCAUGCCAGCCCUGCCCACACUAAGCCUGUGCCUGCUGCCCUCCCUGCCCCCACCGGUGCCAAGAAGGCCCUGAACAAGGUCAAAGUGCUCAUCACCAACGAGAAGCCAACAGCGGAGGCUGUGACCCUGAAUGCAGACUGCCUGCAGCUGUCCUACCUGCCCUCCAAGAGGAACCACAUGCUGCUGCUCUACCCCAGAGAGAUCCUCAUCCUGGACCUUGAGCUCAGCCAGACCGUGGGUGUGGUGGCCAUUGAACGCUCCGGGGUGCCCUUCAUUCAGGUGAUCCCCUGUGCCCAAAGAGACGCCCUCUUCUGUCUCCACGAGAACGGCUGCAUCACUCUGAGGGUGUGUCGCUCCACCACUGCACCCGACGAAUCAGUAGCAGCGUCAGACCCAGAGCAGAGUGUCCAGGAGCUGGUGUAUGACCUGCGUUCCCAGUGUGAUGCCAUCAGGGUCACCAAGACCGUGCGACCUUACCGCAUGGUCAUCUGCCCGGUCAAUGAGAACAACGCCGCCCUGACGGUUAGCGACGGCCGUGUUAUGCUGUGGGAGCUCAAAGCCCACGUGUCCAAGCCCACGGUCAACCCCAACUCGGGUUUGUCCCCCCUCUACGCUCCUGUGGCAUUCUGUGGUUCACCACUGGGUCAGAACCAGAAGAAGAUUCAGGACCUGUCUCUUAACACCAUGAUCGGUCAGAGUUUGGUUUCAGGAGCAGACCCACCACCCCCCUCACUGCAGCAGGAGGUACAGCUGAAGUUCCUAUUGACGGGGCUACUGUCGGGGCUUCCUCUGCCCCCCUUCGCCCUGAGGAUGUGCCCCCCACUGACCACCAAGAACAUCAACCACUACCAGCCUCUACUGGCUGUGGGUACGAGUAAUGGGUCAGUUCUGGUCUAUAACCUCACCAGUGGUCUUCUGCACAAGGACCUGAGUGUCCACUCCUGUGAAGUCAAAGGCAUAGAAUGGGUCAGUCUCACCAGCUUCCUCUCCUUUGCCACUUCAACCCCCAACAACGCUGGACUGGUGAGGAAUGAGCUUCAGCAUGUCGACCUUCCCACUGGCAGGUGCUUUGCAUUCCGAGGCGAACAGGGGAAUGACGAGCCUGCCAUUGAGAUGAUGAAAGUGUCUCAUCUGAAGCAGUACCUGGUGGUGGUGUUCAGAGACAAGCCUCUGGAGCUGUGGGACGUCAGGACCGGCACCCUGCUACGAGAGAUGGCUAAGAACUUCCCCACUGUCACUGCACUGGAGUGGUCCCCCUCCCACAACCUGAAGAGUCUGAAGAAGAAACAGAUGUUAGCACGGGAGGCCAUGGCCAGAUAUACCACUCUGUCUGACAACGAGCAGAGCAGCGUCGAGUCCUCCGUUAUCAGUCUUCUGCAGGAUGCAGAGAGUAAAUCGGAGGGAGGAGGCCAGGCCAUCUCAGCGAGGGAACACUUUGUGUUCACAGACACAGACGGACAGGUGUACCACAUCACUGUCGAGGGGAAUACCGUCAAAGACGGUGCCCGCAUCCCCCCAGACGGCAGUAUGGGUAGCAUUGCGUGCAUCGCCUGGAAGGGAGACACUCUGGUUCUCGGUGAUGUGGACGGGAACCUCAACUUCUGGGACCUUAAGGCCCGUCUCUCCAGGGGGAUCCCUACUCACCGUGGUUGGGUGAAAAAGAUCCGUUUCGCACCUGGGAAAGGGAACCAGAAGCUACUGGUCAUGUACACAGAUGGUGCAGAAGUCUGGGACACCAAAGAGGUGAACAUGGUAAGCAGCCUGCGGAUUGGUCGGAACGUGAACUAUCGUAUCCUGGAUAUCGACUGGUGCACCUCUGACAAGGUGGUGUUAGCCUCUGAGGACGGCUGCAUCCGUGUGCUGGAGAUGGCCAUGAAGUCUGCCAGCUACAGGAUGGAUGAACAAGACCUGACCGAUCCUGUGUGGUGUCCAUACCUGCUGCUCCCCCGUGCUGCCCUCACCCUGAAGGCCUUCCUCCUGCUGCAGCCCUGGUCUGGCACAUUCACCAUGGACAUCACACAAGUGGAUUACACUGAAAAACAUGAGAUUAAGGGCCUGAUCCAGGAACAGCUCAACUCCAUGUCCAAUGACAUGAAGAGCGUCUUGCUGGAUCCCGAGCUCAACCUGCUGCAACGCUGCCUCCUGGUGUCUCGGCUGUUUGGGGACGAGUCGGACCUGCAGUUCUGGACGGUGGCGGCUCACUACCUCCAGUCGUUCGCCCAGGCUCGCCACCUCAGUGUGCCCGUCCCCGAGGGCCAGAGCCCAGCCGAGGGGACCCAGGCCACCCCACAGGGCCACCUGGACAUCUACCACGACACCCUGUGUGAGAGCUUCUACUUCCAGAGGUUCCAGUUGGAGCGAGUCCAUCUACAGGAGGUGAAGAGGUCCAGUUAUGAACACACCAAGAAGUGUGCUGACCAGCUCCUCCUGCUGGGACAGACGGACCGAGCGGUGCAGUUGCUGUUGGAGACUAGUGCUGACAACCCCAGUUACUACUGUGACUCGCUGAAGGCGUGUCUGGUGACCACCAUCACCUCCUCAGGGCCCUCCCAGAGCACCAUCAAACUAGUGGCCACCAACAUGAUCGCCAACGGCAAACUGGCAGAGGGAGUGCAACUGCUGUGUUUGAUUGACAAGGCUGCGGACGCAUGCCGAUACCUGCAGACCUAUGGGGAGUGGAACCGCGCUGCCUGGCUGGCUAAGGUGCGCCUGAACCCGGCAGAGAGCUCAGACGUGCUAAAGCGUUGGGCAGAGCACCUCUGCUCCCCCCAGGUCAACCAGAAGUCUAAGGCCAUCCUAGUGCUGCUAUCCUUGGGCUGCUUCCAUAAAGUAGGAGAGAUGCUCCAAAGCAUGAGGUACUUUGACCGUGCGGCGCUCUUCAUUGAAGCCUGUCUGAAGUACGGAGUGAUGGAGGCCAACGAUUCCACCAAUAAGCUGAUCGGGGCUGCGUUCGUGGACUACGCCCGACUGCUGCGUACCCUGGGCCUGAGGGAGAGCGCCGCGUUCUGGGCGUCGCGGGCAGGGGGCGCCGGAGAGCAGCUGCUGGAAGAACUCUUCCAGGGAGAGGGGGCAGUGCCCGAGGAAACGGAGGGCCCGGAGAACACCGAGUGAUCCCUGAGUGUGGAGGAGAGGAGAGGGGAGGAGUUGCCCAUAAGCAAAGAUCUAUGAUCAGCUAACGCUCUCACCCCCUCCUAAUCGUAACUAUUACAGGUGAAAAUGCUAAACUGAUCUUGGAUCAGUGUUCUAGGGGCAAUUUAGGGGGAGAGGAGAGGAAGUGUUUGUCACUGGAGAUUGCCAUGUCUGUGAAUAUGUUUGUGUGUGUUCUGAUUCGUCACGUGAUCAGUGUAUGUGUAUGCAUGUUGAUUUCUCCCCCAGUGGCAGACCAAAUGGAACCACACACUCACUCGCACAGCAAAUGCAUACAUUCAUGGUUAUUAAAAACAGAUUAAGAGAUUAUAA